AUGAGUGUGAAGGAGGAGACGUUGGUGGAAGCGGCGCUCCAAGUUCUCAACACGGCUGACCCAUUUGAGAAGGCCCGACUUGGCGAUUCGGCUGCCUCUCGAUGGCUUCAAGGAGACAUUACUCGUCCGUACGACCCAACUGUAGAUAUGGCCGUACCGGAUCGACCCGCCAGGCUCUCCGACGUUAAGCUGGUGUCCCCAAGCCUUAUGCCGAAGCUUGGGAAAGCUGGGAGCUUGCAGAGCAGACAGGCCAUAGUUCAUAGCCUUACCCAUACUGAAAGCUGGGCAAUUGACUUGUCUUGGGAUAUUAUUGCUCGCUUUGGUAAGCAAGAGGUGAUGCCGAGAGAGUUUUUCACGGAUUUUGUUAAGGUGGCUCAGGAUGAAGGUCGGCACUUUACUCUCCUUGCAGCAAGGCUCAAGGAACUGGGGUCUUACUAUGGAGCUUUACCAGCUCACGAUGGCCUUUGGGACUCUGCCACUUCCACUUCCAAGGAUCUGCUGGCACGUCUAGCAGUAGAGCAUUGCGUCCAUGAGGCAAGAGGACUUGAUGUUUUACCAACCACUAUCAGUCGAUUUCGCAAUGGAGGUGACAAUGAAACAGCUGAUCUACUUGAGAGCGUGGUUUAUCCUGAAGAGGUCACCCACUGUGCAGCUGGAGUCAAAUGGUUCAAGUAUCUCUGCCUGAGGUCUCCAACUCCUUCACGUCCAGAUAGUUUGGCAUCUCAAGAGGGUGAAGUUGGAAGUGAAGCAAGAGAGGAGAAUGAAGAAGUAAUAAAAAAGUUCCAUUCUAUAGUAAGAUCAUACUUCAGGGGACCAUUGAAGCCUCCUUUCAAUGAAGAGGCUAGAAAAGCUGCUGGCUUUGGCCCUCAAUGGUAUGAACCACUGGCUUUCAAAGAGAGCACCCUCCAAUGACCCUCUUUUGUUCCCAAUAUUUUUGAAGUUUAACAGCGAAAUUAAAAUGUUUAGUUCUUUUGCUUCUUAUAACAGCUUUGUUAUUUCAGGUUCACAAGGAAAUUUUGUGAUUAUUUAUUUCUAGAAUGAAAUUGUAAUUAUAAAGAUGACAAUGUCAAGUGCCACCAUUUUUUUACCUUGUGAACUUUCAUAGAUUUCUUGGAACAAGAGAUUGGGGACCGAAGUUAUUUCUUA